AUGGCAGCAUCGGCGGCUCUGUCGGCGGCGGCAGCGGCAGCCCUAUCGGGCCUGGCGGUGCGACUGUCGCGCUCCGCCGCGGUUCGCAGCUCCUACAGCGCCUUCUGCAAGGGGCUCACGCGCACACUGCUCACCUUCUUCGACUUGGCCUGGAGGCUGCGCAUGAACUUCCCCUACUUCUACAUCUUGGCCUCCGUGAUGCUCAACAUCCGCCUGCAGGUGCGGAUCGAGUGA